CUCAAAAAUGGGUGCAGAUGGCGCAUCGAACAGCGUGAAAAUCGGUGUCGGCCAAAACGUAUGGCGUGGCCACUCUUAGAUUUUUCUUUGUGGCGAAGGUAAUCGGCUGCAAUUUAUUAGCAAUUCGAAAAGGACGUUGAUAUUUGCGCUUGAACAAUGGUCGACAGAAUGGAAGAAAUAAGGAAGGAGCUAGCUGUGAUGCUUUAUGAUAUAAAGGCUGUAAAAUUUGGAGAAUUUACAACAAAGAUUGGUAUAAAAACACCAAUAUACUUUGAUCUUCGAGUCAUAAUAGCUUAUCCAACGAUCAUAGGUGUAUUAGCACAAGCACUGUGGAAACUUAGAAGACAUUCCACAAACAAAGUGAACCAAAUUUGUGGAGUGCCAUAUACAGCGUUGCCAUUAGCUACACUGAUAUCUGUACAGAACGAUAUUCGAAUGCUAAUAAAAAGGAAAGAGGCCAAAUCAUAUGGCACGAUGAAGCUGGUUGAAGGUGUAUAUUUACCUCGUGACAAUUGUGUAAUCAUUGAGGACGUUAUCACGAGUGGUAGCAGCAUCCUAGAGACCGUGAAUGUUUUGAGAAAGGAACAGUUAACUGUGACGGAAGCACUGGUGAUAAUAGAUAGAGAGCAAGGCGGCCGAUAUAACCUGGAAAAUCAUGAUAUCGAAGUCAAAAGCAUAUUUACAGUUACAGCAUUUAUGAAAUAUCUUUUCGAAGCCGGGAAGAUCACAAAACAAAUUAUGCAUGAUGUAAACAAUUACAUGAGAUCUAAUCAAGUACAAAUUCCACCUCUAAGUUUACCGAUGAAUAGACUGAAACUGUCAUAUUACAAACGUGCCGAACUAGCACAAAACCCGUUAGCCUCGAGGUUGCUGAAACUGAUGGAGAAAAAGCAAUCCAACCUCUGUCUGGCGGCGGAUUUCACAGAAGCAAAAGCGAUUUUACACAUAGCUGAUCUAGCGGGACCACACAUCGUUGUGCUAAAACUUCAUAUCGAUAUCGUGGAAGAUUUUGAUAAGGAGUUUAUGCGGGAUUUGAAGCAGUUGGCGAAGCAGCAUGAGUUUCUGCUGAUGGAGGACCGCAAGUUUAGCGAUAUUGGCAAGACGGUCGCGCUGCAGUACAACAAGGGCAUUUACAAGAUCUCUGAAUGGGCAGAUCUAGUCACGGUGCAUGCCGUGUCUGGUAAAACUGUUCUCGAUGCACUGAAAAAGAGUCUGCCACCGGACGUUACAGAGCAUCGUGGUGUCUUCUUAGUUGCCGAGAUGUCAUGCAAAGACGCGUUGACAAAGGAUAACUAUCCGAAGAAUGCCGUGUCGCUGGCGGAGGAUGCCACCGACCUAGUGAUUGGUGUCGUGUGCCAGUCAAAUCUCUUUUCGUCGCCUGGUUUGCUGCAGCUGACACCCGGGGUCAAGCUGACCAGAGGCGUCGAUGAGCUUGGUCAGCAAUACAAUGAUCCGCAGUCUGUUAUGAGCGCUGGCGCUGAUCUGGUUGUAGUUGGUAGAGGCAUCACGGAAACGAGUGACGAGCUGGGGGCCGUCAUAGAGUACAAGAAGCAGCUUUGGGCGGCGUAUGAGAACAGAAUGUGAGAAUAUGUUGUGAAAAUAUGUGAUUCGAAUUAGCUGGUUGACAAAGUUAAAGUUUUAUACCUCUAAAUAUUUCAGAUUAAUUAUCCUUCUUCUUAUUAUUCCUUUUCGAUAGUGAUAUAAAAUACUAUAAAAUUAUAUUUUUGCUAUUUAAUAUAUUAUACAUAUUUAUUGUGAAUUAAAUUUAUAUCAUACAAUUAUCCUUCUUCUUAUUAAAUUUAUAUCAUACAA